UGAAUUAAAUAUUAACUACAAGAGGGAUGAGAGAUAUGAAAAUGAGUCUUAUAUAUCCGGAAAACAUAUUGGAUUGCAAAAACGAAUUUCGGACAAUUAUCCACCAGCUUUGUUUAUGUCAUGCAAUGUGCAUACAUUAGAUUUGGCAAUGCAGCUAAAGUUUCGUUAUAAAUUGUGGAUUUUUUUAGAACUGUAUCAGCGAUGUAUAAUUUCUUCAGUGGUUAACCAUUUUGAUGGCAAGUUUUAAUGAAAAAUGUAAAAUCUUUACCAUUAAAACAGAUUAGUGAAACUUGGUGAGAAUUAAUUCAAUUAGACCACUGCAACAUGAAUUAGGUGAAAUUUACGAUAGCCUUAUAGAAAUAGCUAAAGAAUGUUCAAUGCCAACAGCUCAACAUGAGGUUGAAUGUUUAGCAAUAAAAUUUAAAACUUAUAAAAUUAUUUGUUCAAUAAUAAGGAGCGAAAAUGUAGAUGUAAUUAGUAAAACGAUGCAAAAAGUUUCUUGGAAUAUCAGUUCAUGUGCUGAAUCGAUUAUGGAAGUUUUGAAGUUUUUCAAAAGCAUUAGAAAUGAUAAAUGUUUUGAAAAUUAUUUGAAUAUUUCUAAUGAAAUUUAUAAAGCAGUUCAAACAGAACCAGAUUUCUCUGCUGAAAUUAGUGAUAGUUGCUGUCGUCAGCGAAAUUAAUUUAGCUAUAAAGGAGAAGAAGAUAUUUAAUUUACUCUGAAAGAAAGUUUUUAAAUUACCACCCAUCUUGAAACUUAGUCAAAUUUCAAACAAUAUUUUGGAUUUCUCUACAAAUUUAUUGAUAUGGAUGAUGAAAAAAUACAUAAAAGUUGUUUUGAUCCUCAUAAUAAAUUUAAAGAUGGUGAAUCCUGUGAAAUCAAUGAUGAGGAAUUGUAUAUAGAAAGAGUUUUAUUGAAAAUAAUCGCAAAAGUAAAAAAGCAACCCGAAGAACUCCUAAAUUUUUUAUAUAAAUAGAACUUGGAGGCGUCUUUUUUAAAUUUCAUCACGAGUUUAAAAUGUUUUCCAACAGUUUCAGUUUCUGUUGCUUCAGAAGAGCGAAAUUUCUCCUAACUGAAAAUAAUUAAAAAUUACCAGAAGACAUCCAUGACACAAGAAGGUCUCGGUAAUGUUCAAUUAUUGCAAUAGAAAGUGAUAUUGCUGAUUUGUUAAAUGUUCAAGAAGCAAUUGAACAAUUUGCUUCCAUAAAAUUGCGUGGGGUUGCACCAAGAGAUAAUUGCACAAGAUUCCCACCUUUGUUUGAUGGCUUCAGGUAAAAACUGUUUGGAACAGAGUUCAGAAAUAGUAACAAACACAAAACAAGAACAUAUAUUCUUAUCCUGCAAAGUUGACACAGAUUAUAUUAAAGUCUCUCAAAUAAGAUGGACAAGAAAUAACAAGGAAAUUAACUUGGGUCCACCCUACACAAUUACAUGGGAGAAAGGAAAAGUGUUAAUGAUUCGUCCAGUGAUUAUUGGCAUCACUGAUGGGUAUUACGAAUGCAUUGCAAGUUUAGGAACAGUUGAAAUAAAAAAAAGUGUCAAAAUUAUUGUAAAAAAUGAGUUACCAAGUGGUUUUCCGAUUAUUAAAGCACACCCUGUAGAUAUACGCCAACCUGAAAGAAAAAUUAUUGAUUUUAAAUGUGAGGUUUCUGGUAAACAACCACUGCAAGUAGUAUGGUUUCACAACAGGAUCCCAAUUACCUGUAAUAAUAACCAUCAUGUAUGUACAUACAGUGUAUCGGAUCAUAGUGAUUUUACAUCCAACUUGAGCCUUCGCAAUGUAUCAAACUCUCACACUGGAUUUUACCAAUGCGCUGCUUUUAACGAGUAUGGACAAGCAGUAUCCUAUCAAGCUAUGUUUACUGUGGCUCCCAAAAGAAUUAGGAAAACAACACUCAAUCGUAAAAUAGAGCCUGUACCUUGUCCAGGCUUUAAUGAUGGUUCAGUAGCUCCUGAUCUUAACAAGACAUAUAGCACUUUUAGAAUUUGCUGUGAAGGUCAUGAAACUCUUUAUCCAAAUUUGCAAUGGUCCAAUCCUUCUUUUGGAAAUAACAAGGUGGAGGGUUUGACGAUUGAAAUAUUUCCUAUACAUGGUAAUCGUGGAUGCUUCUUAUUAGAUAAUACUACCACAGAAUUUAAGUUUACACCUGAUAUAGGGUAUCAGAGUGGUUAUUCAUAUCAAGUAUUUAUAUAUACACGCCCUGUUUCAAAUAGAACUAAACGUAUUCCUACAAAGUUCAAUGAUUGCGCAGCUAAUAUUUUGAAUGAUUGCCAAGUUACAUCAGCCCCCAUAUUUUCAAUUACCAAACCCAGUGGUUUUCCAGCUUAUAAAGAUAAGUUUUACAUAGCCAUUUUUGUAGCUUUAAGUGUAAUUUUCGCUCUUGCUGGUGUGUGGUGUUAUAUAAGGAUCAAAGGCAAAUUUAAUUUUUAUAAACAGAGUAAAGCACUAGUUCCUCUAUGUGAAAAAAAAGAGAAACUUGUCUACAUUUCUCACUGUGCAACAUCAAAUAAAGAUAUUGAAAAAGUAUUGCGUUUAGCAGAGCAACUUCAUUCAAUUUCAAAUGUUCAGGUUUGUAUUGAUCUAUGUAAUCAAAAUGAAAUUAUUGAUUGUGGAGGUCUGUCACUAUGGAUACCAGAACAUCUAGGUAUUGCUGAUAAAAUCAUCAUGGUUUUUUCGCCUUCUUACUUAGAGGCGAUAACAUCUCGGAUAGCUACAGAGGAAAUAAUUUGUAAAGUUAACAUGGAAGCAGAUUUAAUAAGAAAACUUUUAUAUAACAGUUGUCAGCGUUCCUCUCAACUUGCCGUUGUACUCGAUGGUGUAAAAAAAGAAGAUACCCCUGCUGAAUUUAACGGGCGUGCUCAGUUCAGUUUUCCAAAUAGAUAUGAUGAUCUUGACCAAAAUUGGAUUGCGUUGCUCGGUUACUUGCUAGAUAUGAAUCCUUUAGAGUUCACUCCAAAACUAAAGUAGAAAAUAUUUAUAUAAGAUUUUGUAAUUUAAAAUAUAACUUUAUUUAAUGUUACUUUUUGUAUUUAAAAGAAAAUUUAAAUAUUAUA